AUGGUACAAGAAAUCUCGUUAUCGCUUGAAGAGACGAACAAGCUUCGUAUAAGUAUCGGGCUCAAGCCGAUUUCGGUCGAAGCGGCUGAAACGGCCCCUUCCACGACCACCAAAGAGGCACCACUCACCUCAGAGUCCAAACCAGAGCUCACCAUUGAAGAGACUAAUAGAUUGCGUGCAUCGCUUGGAUUGAAGCCAAUACCAUUGGAAGAAGCAGCCAGCCUUGUUGAAGCUCCCAUAGGGGAAAAUAAGCCGACCAACGACGACCAAGUCAAACUGAGAUUGCUAGAUGCCAAAGAACGCUUGAAGAGAAAGGGCAAAACGCUCUUGGAUGACGAUCAGGAAGUGUCACAGGACGACUGGCUAGCCAAUCUUGGAAUUCCUGCCCCAAAAAAGGCGAAAACCAGCAAGAAGGUGUCCCCUAGUCAUGACUUAUCUGGGGUAAAGAUAGGACACAAUGCUCGCGAGCUUGCUGAUGUGGAUGGCGAGAUUUUCACAUUGAAAGACAGCGAUUUAUUAGAAGAGGAAAACGGGGAAUUGAACAAUGAGGAGUUGAUACGACAGGCUAAAUUGAAGAAGGAUCUCAGAGAGAAAAAGAUGGCAGAUAACAUCAAAUUCAAUGGUAGAAGCUACAAGUUCGAAGACAGCGAGGACGAAGAAACCGAAAGAGUACUUCAGGAAUUGGUAGUGACUGGCUCGACAAUCAAGAUUCCUGAGAAGACCACGGAAAUACCGAAGGAGAGGGAUAACAAGAUCGCCCUCGGAAGUCUAUUCGACGACGACGUCGAUGCAGAGAAGGUAGAGCCUGUUAAAAUGAAGAAGUUGAAAAAAAGACCAAAGAUGAAGCUGAAGCUGAAUUCUCGCUCAGCCACGAUAAAUAAUGAAGAGUUGGGAAUGAAAACAGUGGAACUACAAAGCUUUGACGAUAGUGUGGGUGACGAGGAGGCCCAGUUACAAGAGAUGAUUUCAAAUCGAAUAAAAUUCAAGCAGUCUAAACGCAGCAAGUUGACUCCAGAACAGAUAGCUAAUGAUGUGGUGCUGUCCAAGAGAUGGGAGUUGGAGAACCAAUUGGAAGGUGAAUUGUAUGCAAAUAAUACUGUUUAUAACGACAUCGCCGACUUCUUGAACUCCCUAACUGGCAGUGUGCUUGAAGUGCCUGAAGAAGAUGAUUAUGAUGAGAUAAAGACGGAAACAUUGGCCUCAACCACAUCUAUCAAAAAAGAGGUUGAUGUACCACAGACUCAAGAUGAAGCCAAAGAGGAAACAAAACUUGAAGAGGCAGGGGAGGAAUCUGUGGCACCAGAUUCCACUCCCACUUUUAACAAGGGUCUUGCUUCCACACUUAAUUUCCUCAAAUCCCGUAAGAUCAUCGACGCCUCAACUCAGCAGCAACAACACGAAUCCAAGAUGAGGAGAGAAGCAGCCAAAGAAGCCGAGUUGCUCCGGAUCAAGAUUUCUAUCGAGGAACGUCUUCUUAAAGAAGAAUUUGAGCUGGACAAAGCGUUCCUCAACCUACCAAAAGCAGAGAGGGCUGAAGUCUUGGAAAGGGCAUUGGAUCAGAGACUUCGGGAAAAGAAUAUCAUCUCUGAUGCUCCAGCUCGAGGCAAGUAUGCCCAAAAGAGCCAAAGCUCAAGACUCGACUCGUACAACCCCCAAGUCAAGCUCUCGUACAAGGACGAUACAGGGGUGGAAUUGGACACCAAGGGUGCCUUCAAGUACUUGUCCCACCAGUUCCAUGGCGUAGGGCCAGGCAACUCCAAGGUGGAAAAGAAGUUGAAAAAGGUGAAGGAGGAGAGAGAAAGCACGUCUGAGACCAUCAUCUAG